CUUUAACGACUCAUUACUCUCACUAUAAGUAUAGCUAUUUUAUGUAAGCUUUCAUCAGUCAUCACUAACACAAAACCUUCCCCUCCUCUUUCUCUAUCUCUCUUUUCAGCUUUUCUAAAUAGUGGUGAGGAUACUCUCAGAAGCAUUGGCCAGCUUUUGCCUAUUGCCCAUGACUGCUAGGGGCAGUGACCCCAUAAGGGGUCGGUUUCGGCCGGAAAUGGCCAUGGCAUUGGCCAUUGUUCUGAUUUCUACUACUGUGGUUUCUGUUGCUGCUGAUGGUUACCCAUACAGUUCUCCUCCACCACCAACUUAUGAGUACAAGUCACCUCCACCAUCAACUCCUUCACCACCACCUCCUUAUGAGUACAAGUCACCCCCUCCACCACCCAUUGAACCUCCUUAUGAGUACAAGUCACCCCCUCCACCACCCAUUGAACAUAAGGCUCCACCAUAUGAGUACAAGUCACCUCCACCACCAUCUGCCUCACCCCCACCUCCUUAUGAGUACAAGUCUCCUCCACCACCUUCUUCAUCACCUCCACCUCCUUACUACUAUAAAUCUCCACCACCACCCUCUCCCUCACCUCCACCACCUUACUACUACAAAUCUCCUCCACCACCCUCUCCUUCCCCUCCUCCACCUUACUAUUACAAGUCUCCCCCACCACCAUCACCUGUUUACAAAUACAAUUCACCACCUCCACCAUCACCAACUUAUGUGUACAAAUCUCCUCCUCCUCCAACACCAGUUUAUAAAUAUAAAUCACCACCUCCACCAUCACCAACAUAUGUGUACAAGUCUCCUCCUCCUCCAACACCAGUUUACAAGUAUAAGUCACCACCUCCACCAUCACCAACAUAUGUGUACAAGUCUCCUCCUCCUCCAACACCAGUUUACAAGUAUAAGUCACCACCUCCACCAUCACCAACAUAUGUGUACAAGUCUCCUCCUCCUCCAACACCGGUAUACAAACCUCCAUACUACUACAAUUCACCUCCUCCUCCAACACCAGUUUACAAAUACAAAUCACCACCUCCUCCAUCACCAACUUACGUGUACAAGUCUCCUCCUCCACCAACACCAGUAUACAAACCCCCAUACUACUAUAACUCACCUCCUCCUCCAACACCAGUUUACAAGUAUAAUUCACCACCUCCACCAUCACCAACUUACGUGUACAAGUCUCCUCCUCCUCCCGCACCAGUUUAUAAGUACAACUCACCACCUCCUCCAACACCAGUAUACAAAUACAACUCACCACCUCCUCCAUCACCAGUUUACAAGUACAACUCACCACCUCCUCCAUCACCAGUUUACGUCUACAAGUCACCACCCCCACCAACACCUGUAUACAAACCCCCAUACUACUACAACUCACCUCCUCCUCCAACACCAGUGUACAAGUACAAUUCACCACCUCCACCGUCACCAACUUACGUGUACAAGUCACCACCCCCACCAUCACCUGUAUACAAACCCCCAUACUACUACAACUCACCUCCUCCUCCAACACCAGUGUACAAGUACAAUUCACCUCCUCCUCCAACACCGGUGUACAAAUAUAAUUCACCUCCUCCUCCAACUUACUACUACAAUUCGCCACCACCUCCGGUAAAAUCUCCUCCUCCACCAACACCUUACUACUACCAAUCUCCACCACCACCCAAGUACACUCCACCUCCAUACUACUAUAGCUCUCCUCCUCCCCCUGUUGUGUAUCCCCCACAUCCAUAUCACCACUCAUUGAUUGUGAAGGUAGUGGGUAAAGUCUACAGCUACAAGUGCUAUAACUGGGAGUAUCCUGAAAAGUCUCAUGACAAGAAACACCUCAAAGGUGCUGUUGUUGAGGUCAAAUGCAAAGCUGGAAGGAACAUCAUCAAGGCGUACGGUAAAACUAAGAACAAUGGAAAGUACGCCAUCACAAUUCCAAACUUUAACUAUGUGAAAUAUGGUCCCACAGUGUGCAAAGCCAAACUACAUGCUCCACCUAAAGGCUCUCCAUUCAACAUCCCAACUAAGCUCAAUGAGGGAACCGACUUGUGGGUAAAAUCUAAAGACAAGUAUGAAGUUGUGCUCAAGGCAAAGCCAUUCGCCUAUGCUUCUAAGAAGCAUUAUGAAGAAUGUGAAAAGCCUAAGCCUUCACCAACUCCUUACUACUACAAGUCACCUCCUCCUCCUACACCAACUUACAUAUACAAGUCACCACCCCCACCAUCACCAACUUAUGUGUACAAGUCACCACCUCCACCAUCACCUAUAUACAAACCCCCAUAUUACUACAACUCACCUCCUCCUCCAACACCAGUUUACAAGUACAAUUCACCACCUCCACCAUCACCAACUUACGUGUACAAGUCACCACCUCCACCAUCACCUGCAUACAAACCCCCAUACUACUAUAACUCACCUCCUCCUCCAACACCGGUUUACAAGUACAACUCACCACCUCCACCGUCACCAACAUACGUGUAUAAAUCACCACCACCACCAUCACCUAUAUACAAACCCCCGUACUACUACAAUUCACCUCCUCCUCCAACACCAGUUUACAAGUACAAUUCACCACCUCCACCAUCACCAACUUAUGUGUACAAGUCACCACCCCCACCAUCACCGGUAUACAAACCCCCGUACUACUACAACUCACCUCCUCCCCCAACACCAGUUUACAAAUACAACUCACCUCCUCCACCGUCACCAACAUACGUGUACAAGUCACCACCCCCACCAUCACCUGUGUACAAACCCCCAUACUACUACAACUCACCUCCUCCUCCAACCCCAGUUUACAAGUACAAUUCACCACCCCCACCGUCACCAACAUAUGUCUACAAGUCUCCACCCCCGCCAUCACCUGCGUACAAACCCCCAUACUAUUACAACUCACCUCCUCCACCAACGCCUGUUUAUAAGUACAAUUCUCCACCUCCACCGUCACCAACUUAUGUGUACAAGUCACCACCCCCACCAUCACCUGUAUACAAACCCCCAUACUACUAUAACUCGCCUCCUCCUCCAACACCAGUUUACAAAUACAGUUCACCUCCUCCUCCAACACCGGUUUAUAAGUACAAUUCACCUCCUCCACCAUCACCAACUUACGUGUACAAGUCACCACCCCCACCAUCACCGGUAUACAAACCCCCAUACUACUACAAUUCACCUCCUCCACCAUCACCAACUUACAAGUACAAUUCACCACCUCCGCCAUCACCAACUUAUGUGUAUAAGUCACCACCUCCACCAUCACCAACUUAUGUGUAUAAGUCACCACCUCCACCAUCACCUGUGUACAAACCCCCGUACUACUACAACUCACCUCCUCCUCCAACACCAGUUUACAAGUACAAUUCACCUCCUCCACCAACACCAGUUUACAAGUACAAUUCACCUCCUCCACCAACACCUAUAUACAAACCUCCAUACUACUACAAUUCACCUCCUCCUCCAACCCCAGUUUACAAGUACAACUCACCUCCUCCUCCAACACCGGUUUACAAAUACAACUCCCCUCCUCCUCCAACACCGGUUUACAAGUACAACUCCCCUCCUCCUCCAACACCGGUUUACAAGUACAACUCACCUCCUCCUCCAACACCGGUUUACAAAUACAACUCACCUCCUCCUCCAUCACCGGUUUACAAGUACAACUCACCUCCUCCUCCAUCACCUGUUUACAAGUACAACUCACCUCCUCCUCCAUCACCGGUUUACAAGUACAACUCCCCUCCUCCUCCAACACCGGUUUACAAAUACAACUCCCCUCCUCCUCCAUCACCGGUUUACAAGUACAACUCCCCUCCUCCUCCAUCACCGGUUUACAAGUACAACUCCCCCCCUCCUCCAACACCGGUUUACAAGUACAACUCCCCUCCUCCUCCAACACCGGUUUACAAGUACAACUCCCCACCUCCUCCAACACCGGUUUACAAGUACAAGUCACCACCUCCACCGUCACCAACUUACGAGUACAAAUCUCCUCCUCCUCCAACACCAGUUUACAAGUACAAAUCUCCACCUCCACCAUCACCUACAUAUGUGUACAAGUCUCCUCCACCACCAACACCAGUUUACAAGUACAACUCACCACCUCCACCAUCCCCAUCACAUCCCCCUCCAUACUAUUACAAUUCUCCCCCACCGCCAUCACCAUCCCCACCUCCACCUUACUAUUACCAAUCCCCACCACCACCAUCCUCUUCUCCACCACCUCCUUAUUACUAUCAAAGUCCUCCUCCCCCGUCUCCCACUCCUCAUACUCCCUACUACUACAAAUCCCCUCCACCACCAACGUCAUCUCCUCCACCUCCUUACCACUAUGUGAGUCCUCCCCCACCAACAUCAUCUCCUCCCCCACCAUACCACUACACAUCGCCACCUCCUCCCUCCCCGUCUCCUGCUCCCACAUACAUUUACAAAUCACCUCCCCCACCAGUGAAAUCGCCUCCCCCACCAGCUUACAUUUAUGCAUCCCCACCACCACCUAUCUACAAGUAAGCUCAAAAUGCAGCAACACCGUUCCGUAUAAAUCAUGUUUUAGUUUUCAUCAAGGAAUAAAUGCUACCUCCAUUUGGAACAAAGUGAAACUACCUUCCAGUCUAAGUUCUUUGAAUAAAAGUCUGAAUCUAUUAUCUCUACGCAACAUUAUUUGUUUUUCAGACAAAAUUGAGUCUAUUUCUUUGGUGGUGAUCUUGCACGUCCUGGUCUUGUUGUGCUCAAGUGACAUACAAAUCAAAAGGAAGCAAUAUUUGAAUGUAAAUGUCAAGUGAAAGUCAUAAGUACAGUCCACUUUUAGUGAUCUCUUUAAUUUAUUUGUGCAUAGAUGAAUAUGGUCGUGUAUGAUUGCUAUUAUAUUUAUUGUGGCAAUUUUGUAUUUGUGUUUGAAAUAAGAGUGCUAGUAACCAAGGAGAACAUUAGAUUUCUAUUCACUA